AUUUACUUUAUAAUCACAAUGUGUAAAUUGUAAUAUAAUUGCCCUACAACAUCGAUCAUAUUUUGCUAGAAACCAGUCUGUCCAAACAAGAUUUGAAAGAAUAACAAAGUAGAAAAUAUUGGGCAAUGACAGAUACGAGAUAUGUCUGUUUGUAUCUCGAGAAAGCAAGUCAAAUGUUAGAUACAACGCAGGAGUAUUUGCAAAGUCUGAAUUCUUUGCAUGUAGUGAUCCCUAAUCAGUGUUUUCUUAUCUUAGACGCGACGAACUGAUUGGUGCCAAAGUUUACAUUGUGAAUUCUUUAUUUGCAAUUAAUAUUAUAUACCGACAAACUCGCUGUAGUGAUUUGAUUGAUACGAGGAAAUUUUCGUACAUCAUCAUCAAGCAAUAAUGGAUACAAAGCUUCUAUUGCACAACUAUAUCAACAAAUGCAGUUUUACUUUGUUUUCGGAGCAAUCACUUAAUAAUCCUGGUAAUAUAUAGAAAUUACAUCUAUUUCGGAUAAACUGUAUAGUAUCAAUAUCAAAUGUUAUUUUACUUUGCAGAGGCGAUCCCUCGUUUGUGCGCGGAGGACUGGGAAAUUACUGACGCGUUUCGGGACGUGUUAAAAAUGUCAUAUAAUGCAGCGAUUUUCUGGAAAACGAAGAAGCUUACUGGACAGUCAAACGGCACGGUGAAAUUAAUAGAAGAGAAUUUGAAUAAUUUAUACAAGAGGGUAAUUACCUCAACGGAAACAAACUGCAACGAUAUUAUAGCUGUUGCAACGUCUUACUGCAACAUGGGUAUAGUGUACAAGGAUUGUACGUCAAAAAAGGAAUUACGCAUUGGUCGCAGUCACUUGAAGAGAUCUUUAGAAGUGCUAAAGGGAAAGGAACUGGACCGCAGAGCUAUUCUGAUAGUUAUGAGAGCAUCGCUGCUAUUGGAGUGCAUUCUUCACAAACUAGAUGAGCUAAACACGUGUUGUCGAUUUUCACACAAGGCGAUCGGUUUCUAUCUUGAGUACACAAAACAGCUGAGUUCGUUCCCUGCGCCUCUCGCUGUACUGUCGGCUAGUCUUCACACUGAGGAGCCUGGACAUUACCCAAACACUGUACGUUCCCUGAUGACGUUGUUCGUAGACCUUUUAUGGCACGUAAAGGCUUGCGAUUUUGAUCAAUGGGAUCUGCAUGAUCUCACAAUACCUGUACACAACUUUUUAAUGAAUCGGUGGACAGCGGUACCAGCGGAUCUAGUAAAUGAAGGCUUCACGUGGGCUAGUAUCACCGCUAAUUUUCAGUCAUACUUCGUACGCCAACAUCGGUUCAGCGACGCUAGGAAUUACCUUGCUGCCACGCAGUACAUAUUAGAUGAAUAUCGGAAGGAACUGAAGGCAAAUCAAUAUUUGCCUGCAAACACGAAUUACCGUCUUGUAAAAACGAAUGUCGCUUAUGGAUGGGCUACUUAUAGCAACAUGCUUUUGCUCCGCUCGAAAUGUAAACUGUAUAAAUUCUGUAGCCAAAAUUGCAAAACUAUCAGAGAAGGUGCAUCAGGAUCAACGUCUUCUGUCGAGUCCGAGGAGGAAUCUGCGGAGCCAUUAACAUUUACUUGGGGAAACUUGGAGGAACGAAUAAAGGAUAUCGCCAGUCAGGUCACUGAUACAUAUGUGACAAAUUGGGUCGACGCUAAUUUACUUUUCCUGCAUUCUACAAAAUGGUUUAGGAAAAUUAGAAAAUAUUUUCUAAAGAAAGGAGAGAUAUUUUUUGCUAUAAAUGCAGCAUACAAUGUGACCGUAACGUACGAGUACUUAGAAUCCUUUCGGCUAUGUAGAAAUACACGUAUAAAAAUGCACAAACGACGAGUGCGAAUGUUAAAUGAUAUUUGCGUAAUUGCUUUGGAACAUCAUGAAUGUAAAGAGCUUCUAUUAGCCACUUAUUUCGAUAGGAUAAUUUCUUAUGGCGUUCUUAUGGGGCUUAUGCUAACAGAGGAUGAUAUAGAAAUCACCGAAAAAGAAAAACAACAAAUGUUUGAAUAUACAAGCGAGAGCGUAGAAUGUUAUGAAAAUUAUUUAAGUCUGCAUGCUCUGCUGACAUCGUCACAAGUAAGUUAA